AUGUUAGCCUCUUGUUUUCCAGAAUGCAAAGAUCUACAGCCUGAAACCUUCUGUAGGCAUUACAAGACAUACUGCAAAUCUAUGGUGAACAUUAGGAAGGCCUGUAAAAAGACUUGUGGACUCUGUAAGUAUAGUGUAGGAACACGUUUUAUUACAUGUACCUCAGCUCUAAUGAAAAAGAGCCGGCUGCAUGCCUUCCUGUUAUCAAGAAUAAGCUUACUACAAAUAAAAGUGAAGGAUAGUGCAAGCCUUCCAAGUUUCAGAAUUUUUCCGAUUCACCCUUGUAUUUGUAACAUUACAGUUCCAAAGGGGAAUUCCCUAUAAGAAUUACGAGAGUACUCUUCGGAAAAUUUCGACUAAAUUACCUCGUAUUAUGGCGGCCACAACUCAAUCUAGAGGCGGUAAUUUUAGAUUUUAUCUCCCGAAGCGGUGACAAUCGAUCAAUUUUAUAGCCUCUUUCAUGUGUUCAUGUGAUAGUACCCUGCAGCAGUGGUUUCUCCUUCGUAGCGUAGGGUAUUCAUAUAGCGGAGUGCGGUGCGAAGUCAGACAGCUGGAAAAAACGAUUGGAAGAGGACAAAGGAAAGAGCGCAUUCCUUCGCUCUCACACCCUACCCCACCCCUCGCAGUUUUGCCUGCUCACAUCUCUUUGAGUAAACAAAUUACAAUUACAAUAACAAUCUGAAUGACUGGAACAGACUACCAAUAAAUUUUCACCACCCUUGGUCCUGCGCCCUUAAAGCAGCCACGACUCCUGUCUUUAUUAUAAUUAUAGUAUUACGCAGUAAUAUUAUAAGAUCUCGCAAGAGGACCACUCUCUAUUGAUUCUUACUUUCGUAAGUGCUAGCUAAACAAUAGUGAUUUUAGUAUCAACGUCAGUGCAGUGGUCAUAAGAGUGGUGAAUCAAUGACUUGCUUUAAACAGGUGGGGGAGGAGUGGGAGGAGGAGAAGUGCCAAAGGAUUGUGACGUGGUUAUUGUUGGAGGAGGUAUCGGCGGCCUUUACACAGCCGAGUCCCUCCUGAGGCACGGCAAAGAAACUAAAGUUUGCGUCUUUGAGAGGGACGCUCGUCUUGGAGGAAGGAUUUACGAUUAUGUUUUUCCCCAAGUACCGGAUACUGUAGUAGGUGAGUAAGACGGUUAGGAGUUUUUUCCUGGACGUUCAAGCCGUCAAGCAAUUACUCUCUUCCAUGCUAUGAUAAAAUUUGCUAGAAAAGAAGCUAAUCUCCAUUCUCUUAAAAACAUGCAAAGCAAAGAUUACCAUGUCAUAAGUGCUAAGUAGCUUUCAAUUUAAUGGUCAUACCAUAGGAUUUUAUCCACAGAUUCCAGAGAUACAACUUUUUGAAGACAUUGCGCUGAGGAGUGGUAAAAGAAGGGUGGAAAGGCACGGUGACUUCGACUAAGGAGAAGGGACAGGUUGACUUUGAUUAAAGGAUCAGUGACAAUCUUUUAAACUGAUUUAGGCAACAAUAAUGUUAAUGUGAAGGAAAAUAAACGGUCGGCUUCUUCCGUGUUUGGCCCCGGUGAGCCGUUUUAUGCGCACAGGUGAAACCUUUCUCUUUGUAAAAAGAAGAAGGACGUUUUAAAAAAGUGAGGUAUCCAUGAUUCGGCUUCCUGGCUACCCGUUCGCGACUUUUAGGAUGACAAACGAGUCGCUGAUCCUUAACUUAUACUUAUUUUGGUUCCAGGUCUUGGAGCUUGGAGAAUUGACAAGGUUCAUCACAACAUGUGGUAAAUAAAACAAAUUAAACUAUUAUAAAAGUAAACGAUUUUCAUCUAGUAAGGGCUCGCUCUGCUGUCAGCAUGAGUGCUGGGAAUUCAUCAGCUUGGGUGUACCCUGACACAAUAAAAAGAAACAACAAAAAAAAACAAUUGUCCUUCGAUAAAACUGGUGCUCUUACAGUUCUUGCAGAGGACUGACAAGGGCGAUGCGUGAGCAUUGGUGAGAGCACUCCGCAAUUUUUGCAUUCUCCACCCCACUGCUUACAGCUUUUAGAAUAUAAUGCGCGUGAUCUCUCUCCUCUAAAUGCGCAGAAGAGCUCUGGGUCGAGAUUGCACAUUUUUGGUUUUACCCUCUCUUGAAAAAAAUCAAUGCAACACUUCCAACUGUUCCAAAUUAUUUCAUUUCGAUCUGGAAAUAACAAGAAAGUACUUAAAACUCACUAUUAUUAGCUUCUCUGCCCGGAAACUAAUUUUUUAUUUUGCUUUUCUUCAGGGAACUUAUUUCCAGGUUAAACAUCCCCUUUGCGGAGUGGAAUUUUUAUCCCAACCCAAACACAGAAACCAGAGGGAAUGCAUCCCGAGAUGAACAAGAAUUAAAAAGGCAGUCGUUUCCAACUUUAACUCGCAGUACAUUCAGGGACAUGAGCUGCUCACAGAUGUUGGACUACCUCGUCAAACCAGAACAUAUGAGCCAAAUCAGCAACUUCGCGACAUUUGAAACAUUUCAACACCAUUUCCUGACACCUGAAGGAUCGAGGUACUAUUUUGAUGUCUUUGGCUACGAUGGUGACCUCAAAGGAAGUCCUGAAGGCGUGGUGGAAUACUACAAGCAGCUAAAUUUACUCUCGGGAAAAGAGUUCCGUCCGAAAAGGGGAAUGUCCGCCUUCGUGGACGCUCUCGCUAAAUCUGCAAGAAACCUUGGAGCGAAGAUAUUUGCGGGGAAAGACUACAGGACCGUUUCAAUAGACAAACGGGCUGGUUUGUUCGUGAUAAAGACACCAAAGUAUGAAGUCAAAGCAGCAAAACUUGUGAUCGCCGCACCUCCUGGCUCGUUCUGCAAAGUCAGGGGUAACAUCGCUGAAAGGAUUCAGCACGAUCCUGUUUACCAGUCGAUUAUGAAGAGGCCGGCAUUCAAGGGGGCGGCUGUUUAUUCAAGGGCGUGGUGGGAGGAGUACACAAAUAAGAUGAAUCGGUUGUAUCCCAUGGAGAGAUUCGAAUCCAAUAGCGACUGUCUGGGGUCGACGGUACCUCACAGGUAAGUCACUUGACCCUCUUCAGGAGUCUGUAGGCUUCUGGUACCUCGUAUAAGGACGAGUAAAAUAGCUGAAUAUCAUUUUGUGGCCUUCGACUUGAAGAAUGUCGCGUAUUUUUUGGCAGCAUUUUCAAAUUUUUUUGAUCAAUGGCGAACAAGAAAAUAUUAGUCAAAUCGUGGUUUAAAUGACUGUACUUAAGAGAGGAUGAAUACAAGAACCGAUUAGUUCCUGAUUACUACUAUUAAAGAGGGGCAAUUCCCCCCUUCCAGCGCUUUAAAGGGUUCUAAUACUACAAUCCUUUCUCUCUCUGUCCAGGCCAAACUAUUAUAUCUAACUUUGUUUCUUACCACCAAAAAAAUUAAAAUUAAGACCGUAUCAAAUGAUUCUUUCUGCUUUUAGUGAGCGUGGUCCAAAUGGCGAAGCUGUGCUUCAUGUAGCAUACAAGGAUGGCCCUUGUGGUGAAAAAUGGGGCGAUGUUCUUAAAUUACCAAAAGCCAUGGUUGAUGAUGAGAUUCACCGCACCUUGGAAUACAAGUUCAAAAGGACAAUUCCUAGGCCAAUCAGCACCGUCUAUCAGUAUUGGGACGAGGGAGCCUGGUAAGAAGUUGCUCCGGAGUGAGCAGGAUUCAUCUGAGAAAGCUAGGAAAACUCACCCCCGUGGCCCCGCUAACCACCCAAGCCACCGGGCCUUUGAAUUGCUUGUCACCCAAGUCAGCCCAUUCAUUGCAGUCGCUAACGUCAAUCCAGUUUCCCCAGUCGCCCUAGUCAAUCCUGUCACUCGUGCCACAAUUUUGCCACGUGAUAAGGCCGUGGGUUUAGCCGUGGGUUGGUGUGCGUGUGUGUGUGUCACUCAGUGUUGGAAUGUUUGUUUCUAAUCAUAUUUCAUUUACUUAUCACAUGACUUCCGGGUUUUAACCAAUUACAACGAUAAGUACCACUAAUUUCUCAUUUUCCAGGUACCUUCAGAGACCGGGCAGCGGAGUGUCAAUGAAACAAGUCACCAGCUGGGCUAAGAAACCAUUUCCAGGGGAGUCCAUCUACGUCGUUGGUAGUGCCUACCAUCCCUACAGGGGAUACGCUGAAGGUGCGAUCAUGUCGGCUAAUAAUGCUUUGAACGAGGGAUGGCAGAUUCCUAUACCAAAGCCUCCUCAAGCAUUCGCACAAGUACCAAGGAAAUUUGAUGAUAUUGAUUGGAGAAACAUAAGAUAGAGAGGAUCACGUGACCACGACAGCAAGGGACCGCAGAGUCCUAUGAUUUUAAUUAGUAAACAAACCCCUUUCGGCGGCUGGUUUAUCGGAGGAUAACGCCUGCGGCUGAGAGAUUGUCCGAAAAAUAAAUAUUUGCCCG